CAGGAUACCGAGCAUUAAUCCCUUGGGAUAGUGCAAUGGCAGUAUGGAUGGCGAGAACCGCAUCAUAUUGAACGUCGGCGGGAUUCGCUACGAGACAUACAAGGCGACUUUGAAAAAGAUACCUGCCACAAGACUUUCUCGACUCACCGAAGCCUUGGCCAAUUACGAUCCCGUUUUGAAUGAAUACUUCUUCGAUAGACACCCAGGAGUGUUUGCGCAGAUCCUCAAUUAUUACAGAACAGGUAAACUUCACUAUCCAACAAACGUCUGUGGUCCGUUAUUCGAAGAGGAAUUGGAGUUCUGGGGAUUGGAUUCGAACCAGGUAGAGCCCUGUUGCUGGAGCACAUACAGCGUCCACAGAGACACACAGGCGACUUUGGCGAUCCUGGACAAACUCGACAUCGACUCCGCCAGACCGACAGAUGAAGAAGUGGCUCGCAUGUUCGGCUUCGAAGAAGCCUUCUACGCUGGAACACUUAGCAGGUGGCAAAAACUCAAGCCAAAAAUAUGGGCUCUAUUUGACGAACCCUAUUCCUCUUCCCAGGCUAAGGUACCACCGUUCAAUGUGCAACACCGAAAUAUAGUUGCUGGAGCGUCGGUUUUCUUCAUCUGUGUAUCGGUCUUCUCAUUUUGUUUGAAAACACAUCCUGACAUGAGGGUGAAAUGCCAGCACGAAAACUCGGAUAAGGAUUGUACAGAGCCGUUACCUUAUUUUCUCGUGGUGGAGCAUCUGUGUAAUGCCUGGUUCACAUUUGAACUCUCCGUUAGAUUGAUAGUGUCUCCCAGUCUGGUAGAUUUUGUGAAAUCUCCGGUGAAUAUCAUAGACUUCUCAGCGACCCUAAGUUUCUAUAUCGACCUGAUCCUUAUGUCCGAAAAAAAAUCACAGCUGUUGGACUUUUUCAGUAUUAUCAGGAUAUUCAGACUGUUUAAAUUAACUAGGCAUUCGCCUGGUUUGAAAAUUCUCAUCCACACGUUCAAAGCUUCCGCCAAGGAGUUGGGACUUUUGGUGUUCUUUCUCGUCCUGGGAAUAGUAGUUUUUGCUAGCCUAGUUUAUUACGCAGAAAAAUUACAGGACAACAAGGACAACAGUUUCAAGAGUAUACCGGAAGGAUUAUGGUGGGCCAUAGUAACGAUGACCACAGUGGGAUAUGGUGACAUGGCCCCAAAAACUUACGCUGGUAUGUUUGUUGGAGCAUUAUGUGCACUUGCAGGAGUUUUGACGAUAGCGCUGCCCGUUCCAGUGAUCGUCUCAAAUUUCUCCAUGUUCUAUUCUCAUACACAAGCUCGUGCGAAAUUACCGAAACAGAGAAGAAGCGUUCUACCUGUUGAACAACCCAGAAGAAAAAAAAUUGAGCAGGGAACCAAUAGAAGGAUGAAUGCAAUCAAACACAAUCCUAUAAUUUUGAAAAGUGCGUUCGAAGAAGGUAACAUCAAUGGAAUAAAUAUGGUAGGACUGGCCUUACAGGGACCUUCUGUACCAACUAUAGCUGUCCUAAAUCAUAGUGGACCCUACAAUUUGCACCCACCUCAAGUAUUUUCGGCUGCAUCAAACUUAGCAGCGACUCCUCUGCAACCUCGCCCUGCUACCACCUGCAGCGUGGACUCUCUACCGUUACAACCUAAAUAUCUGCCCACGUUCGAAAGGCAGUAUUCCUCCGAACCCCGAGAACUGCCUAGAAGCGAAGAAAACCUCAAUAUCUGCAAACCUUUCUUCCCUUCAGUGUAUUUCGAAAACAAUCCCAUAAACAUAAUGGAAACUGGAAUCAGCCUAGCUAGCGUCCCGGCAAUGGCUAUUGGAAGCUCAACGGAAGUGCUGGCUAGUAUCGUAGAGCAACAAGUCAAUUUGAGAAGAAAUUCUGCUUUGCUCGUCAAUUCGAAGGGUGGUUCGGGGAAAGAGGAGAAAGAGUCCCCCGACUUGGAGAAUGUGAAGUCGCCUAGUACGGAGUUUACCACGUCGGUCAAGUCCCCUAGCACAGAGUUCACUACGUCGGUCAAGUCACCUAGCACAGAGUUCACCACGUCUACAGUGCAAUCCAUGGCGGCGGAUAAUUCGUUUGUUAGUGUAGAUAUGAAUGGUACGUCAAAUAAUUUCGACGACUUCGAGAUUAGGGAGGUUGAAUCAUAUACAGUUUAGUUAGA